AUGGCACCUGCCGGCUGCUGCUGCGGCGGCUGCUGGGGCGGCGCUGUGGCCGCCGCGGACGCCGCCCGGCGCGUCUUGGUGCUGCUGCUGCUGGGGGUUUUGUCUGCCGGGCCGGGACUCGGCGCCUUAGCCACCGAGCACUACUCGCCGCUGUCCCUGCUUAAGCAGGAGCUGCAGCACCGGCAGCAGCAGGAGGCCCCGGCGGGCGGCGGUUGCAGCCCGCAGUCCGGGGACUGGGGGGACCAGUACUCUGCCGAGUGCGGCGAGUCAUCCUUUUUAAAUUUCCAUGACUCCGACUGUGAACCCAAAGGAUCACCACCCUGUGACUCUCUGCUUUCCCUUAACACUGAAAAGAUUCUGAGCCAGGCCAAGUCUAUUGCUGAACAAAAGAGAUUCCCAUUUGCUACUGAUAAUGACAGCACAAAUGAAGAGUUAGCUAUUGCAUAUGUGUUGAUUGGCAGUGGUCUCUAUGAUGAAGCAAUAAGACAUUUUUCAACAAUGCUUCAGGAGGAGCCUGAUCUGGUUAGUGCAAUUUAUGGCCGAGGGAUAGCCUAUGGAAAGAAGGGACUUCAUGACAUUAAGAAUGCUGAGCUUGCUCUGUUCGAACUGAGCCGAGUAAUUACCUUGGAACCAGAUCGUCCAGAGGUAUUUGAGCAGCGAGCAGAAAUUCUGUCCCCUCUGGGGCGAAUUAAUGAAGCAGUGAAUGAUCUCACUAAAGCUAUUCAGCUUCAGCCCUCAGCACGGCUGUACAGACAUCGUGGGACCCUGUACUUCAUAUCAGAGGACUAUGCAACAGCCCACGAAGACUUUCAGCAGUCCUUAGAACUGAACAAAAACCAGCCCAUAGCUAUGCUAUACAAAGGUUUAACUUUCUUUCACAGAGGACUUCUGAAGGAAGCUAUUGAAUCCUUCAAAGAAGCUCUGAAGCAGAAAGUUGAUUUUAUUGAUGCGUAUAAAAGCCUGGGACAGGCCUACAGGGAACUGGGCAAUUUUGAAGCAGCCACCGAGAGCUUUCAGAAGGCUCUGUUGCUCAACCAAAAUCACGUGCAGACCCUCCAGCUCCGCGGAAUGAUGCUUUAUCACCACGGCAGCUUACAUGAAGCCCUUAAGAACUUCAAGCGAUGUCUGCAGCUGGAGCCAUAUAACGAGGUGUGCCAGUACAUGAAAGGACUCAGCCACGUGGCAAUGGGACAGUUUUAUGAAGGGAUAAAAGCGCAAACUAAGGUUAUGCUAAAUGACCCUCUCCCAGGCCAGAAGGCCAGCCCAGAGUACCUUAAAGUGAAGUAUCUCCGAGAGUAUUCUCGAUAUCUUCAUGCACAUCUUGAUACUCCCCUAACGGAAUAUAACAUUGACGUGGAUCUGCCUGGAAGCUUUAAAGACCACUGGGCUAAGAAUCUGCCUUUCCUCAUAGAAGACUAUGAAGAGCAGCCAGGGCUGCAACCCCACAUAAAAGAUGUGUUACAUCAGAAUUUUGAGAGUUACAAGCCUGAGGUCCAGGAGUUGAUUUGUGUGGCUGAUCGUUUGGGAUCCCUGAUGCAAUACGAAACUCCUGGUUUCCUGCCAAACAAGAGAAUACACAGAGCCAUGGGUUUGGCAGCAUUAGAAGUCAUGCAAGCUGUACAGCGUACGUGGACAAAUUCAAAGGUUCGAAUGAAUGGGAAAACACGGCUGAUGCAGUGGAGAGACAUGUUUGAUAUCGCAGUAAAAUGGAGACGGAUUGCUGACCCAGACCAACCAGUGCUAUGGUUGGAUCAAAUGCCAGCACGAAGUCUCAGCAGAGGUUUUAACAACCACAUCAAUUUAAUCAGGGGUCAGGUGAUCAACAUGAGAUACCUGGAAUAUUUUGAGAAAAUUCUUCAUUUUAUUAAAGAUAGAAUUCUAGUUUAUCAUGGAGCUAAUAAUCCUAAAGGAUUGUUGGAAGUUAGAGAAGCUCUGGAAAAGGUCCACAAAGUGGAAGACCUCCUUCCAAUUAUGAAGCAGUUUAAUACUAAAACAAAGGAUGGGUUCACUGUGAACACCAAAGUUCCCAGCCUCAAAGACCAAGGGAAGGAAUAUGAUGGCUUCACGAUCACGAUUACAGGAGACAAGGUUGGCAAUAUACUAUUUUCUGUGGAAACUCAAACCACAGAAGAGAGAACACAAUUAUAUCACGCCGAAAUAGAUGCACUUUAUAAAGAUCUAACUGCAAAAGGAAAAGUACUGAUUCUCUCAUCAGAAUUUGGGGAGGCUGAUGCUGUUUGCAACUUAAUCUUAUCCUUAGUUUAUUAUUUUUAUAAUUUAAUGCCGCUCUCUCGUGGAUCCAGUGUGAUCGCUUACUCAGUGAUUGUGGGAGCGCUGAUGGCAAGUGGAAAAGAAGUAGCAGGAAAAAUUCCCAAAGGGAAGUUGGUUGACUUUGAAGCUAUGACUGCCCCUGGUUCAGAGGCCUUUAGCAAAAUAGCUAAAAGCUGGAUGAACUUGAAAAGUAUUUCACCUUCUUAUAAGACUCUUCCAUCUGUGUCAGAGACGUUCCCAACAUUAAGAUCGAUGAUCGAGGUGCUAAACACAGACUCCUCUCCACGCUGUCUUAAGAAACUCUAG